CACGUUUUCUGUGGUGGGGAAGGGACCGCGUUUUCUGCUUCGCCAGAUUUAGUAGCGAACAGUCCGAUUUUAAUGAAUUUUUCGAUUUCUUAAAAAGAUUGUGUCAUCUGUUACCAUGCCUUCUGACGCUAAAAAACGCGAGCAACAACGCAAAAAAGAAGCUGCAAAAGCUCGGCAAUCUGGGAAAAAAGUUGCCAAAAGUGAAGAACAAAACGGAAAAACUGAGAUUUCAAACGGCACACAAAAUGGAUCUGAAGAGCUCAGCGCGGAAGAGGCACUUUGUGCAAAAUUAGAAGCGGAUGCGAGACUGAAUGCAGAAGCAAGAGCUUGUACAGGCUCAUUAGCAGUCCACCCUAAAUCAAGAGAUAUAAAAAUUGAUAAUUUUUCUAUAACCUUUCAUGGAAGUGAAAUGUUACAAGAUGCAAUGCUUGAAUUGAAUUGUGGAAGACGUUAUGGAUUAAUUGGUUUAAAUGGUAGUGGAAAAUCAACACUUUUGGCUGUUCUUGGUAACAGGGAAGUUCCUAUUCCUGAACAUAUUGAUAUAUUCCACUUAACACGUGAAAUGCCAGCUUCUGAUAAAACAGCCCUACAGUGUGUAAUGGAAGUUGAUGAGGAAAGAGUUCGAUUGGAAAAGCUAGCAGAACAAUUAGUAGCUUGUGAAGAUGAUGAAUCUCAAGAGCAACUUAUGGAUAUAUAUGAUCGCCUUGAUGAUAUUUCAGCAGAUACAGCUGAAGCAAGAGCCGCAAACAUUCUCCAUGGUUUAGGAUUUACUAAGGAGAUGCAAAAUCGAAAGACGAAGGAUUUUAGUGGAGGGUGGCGAAUGCGCGUAGCCCUUGCUAGGGCUCUGUAUGUAAAACCACAUUUACUGUUGCUAGAUGAGCCCACAAACCAUUUGGAUUUAGAUGCUUGUGUGUGGCUUGAAGAAGAGUUAAAGCAUUAUAAAAGAAUUCUUGUGUUAAUUUCUCAUUCUCAAGAUUUUCUUAAUGGUGUUUGCACAAAUAUUAUCCACAUCAACAAAAAAAGGCUUAAGUAUUACACCGGUAAUUAUGAUGCAUUUGUUCGAACUCGUAUGGAACUGUUAGAAAAUCAAAUGAAGCAAUAUAACUGGGAACAGGAUCAAAUUAAUCACAUGAAAAACUACAUUGCAAGAUUUGGCCAUGGUUCUGCAAAGCUAGCAAGGCAGGCUCAAUCUAAAGAAAAAACUUUGGCAAAAAUGGUAGCUCAAGGUUUAACAGAAAAAGUUAUUAGUGACAAGAUUGUGACAUUUUAUUUUCCAAGUUGCGGCAAAAUACCUCCCCCAGUCAUCAUGGUACAAAAUGUUAGCUUUAGGUACAAUGAAAAUUCACCUUGGAUUUAUAAAAACUUGGAAUUUGGGAUUGAUCUAGAUACCAGAUUAGCAUUGGUAGGCCCCAAUGGUGCUGGAAAAAGUACCUUAUUAAAACUGCUGUACGGCGAUUUGGUACCUACUGAAGGUAUGAUUAGGAAAAACUCUCACCUUCGAAUUGCACGAUACCAUCAACACUUGCAUGAACUCCUUGAUUUGGAUUUAUCACCUUUGGAUUAUAUGAUGAAAUGCUUUCCUGAUGUCAAGGAAAAAGAAGAAAUGCGAAAAAUUAUUGGAAGAUAUGGUUUAACAGGAAGACAACAAGUCUGUCCAAUACGCCAGUUAUCUGAUGGUCAACGAUGCAGGGUUGUAUUUGCCUGGUUGGCUUGGCAAGCCCCUCAUUUACUAUUGCUUGAUGAACCUACUAAUCAUUUAGAUAUGGAGACAAUUGAUGCUUUGGCAGAGGCAGUAAAUGACUUUGAGGGGGGCAUGGUGCUUGUUAGUCAUGAUUUUAGAUUAAUCAGCCAAGUUGCUGAAGAAAUUUGGGUAUGUGAGAAGGGAGCAGUUACAAAAUGGAAAGGUGAUAUUCUUUCUUACAAAGAACAUCUUAAAUCCAAAAUUAUCAAAGAAAAUGCAAAAACAGUAGACAAAAGGCAUUAACUGGUCUUCAUCAAUAGUUAAUUAUAAUUAUUGAUUUGUUGUAAAAGUAUUAAUGCUGUGAAAAAUAAAUUUAUGUUUCACUUUAAA